AUGGAUUUAAAAGCUGCUAGGGUCGACCGUUUGAAGAUUUGGUGUCAUGAUUUGAGCAAAAUUGCGCCGGUGGUGGGCUAUUACAUGAAACUUUACGCGGUGGAACUAGUGCUAGAACAAGGAGUUACCGGACUACGAGAGACUGCUGCAAAGCUAUUAGAUGAAGUUGAAGCUUUUAAGAAAGAUGCUAGUGGUGCAGAUGGAGAUGCAGGGACCGCAUUGGUGUUGGAGGAUCAAGAAAAGGCGAAGGCGGUAGUUUUACAUUUCGCAAUGAAGAUGGAGAAUGGGAUUUUGGAGAGUAUUGGUGCAGAAGGUUAUACUGCAGAUUUGCUUAAAGGGCUUUGGUGUUGUAUUGAUUUGUUUGAGUGCAUUAUUCACCUGUGGGGCGGAAAGCAGCUAUCCGAAGAAGAGAAGAAAGAGUGUAAAAAACGGAUCAAGUUCGCGAAGUAUAGCCUCACGAAGGGCAAGAAGCAGGAAGUUGGUGGCAAGAAUGUACCUGAGGACGAAUUAGGUGGUCGGGACUCAAUUUCGUCACUGGUGGAGUUCUCUGGACUUGGUGACAUGCCGACAUUUCUGGAGGGCGAUGAACUGGACGAGGAAGUGAACGAGAAUGUAGAGGAGGAAUUACAGGAUCUAGAAAAGGAAGUAGAGGAGGACACAGCUGUCCUAAAAACGCCAAUUGUGGCAGAGGAACAGCGGCAGCAGUCGCGUUCUCCGAUGAAAAUGGCAGAUAUAGAUGAACUGAUGGACCGGGAACGGAAGUCGGACGAGGUUCGACGUCUUGCUAAGUAUGCUAUCAGCGCAAUGAACUACGAAGAUGUUACGACGGCCAAGCGGGAACUUGAAAAGGCCCUUGCAAUUCUAGACACGAUGUAA